AUGACAGAACCGAGCCCGGCCACGACGACCCACACGGCUCACAACCGACCCAGGACGCGGCAAAGGAUACCCAAAGCAGCUCCCGCCUUGGAUGUGCCAAACAUUGAAGAAGAUGCAUCAGAGAGGAAGCGGGUGCUCAACGUUCUAGCCCAACGUCGAUACCGAGAACGCAAAAGGCAGAACCGCCUCGCCAGGGAGAAUGUUAAGAACGCCGUUGUUCCAGAACGCCAGGUGUCUGAGACAAGUGCUGACAACGGUCUUCCGGAUGCUGCCCCUCCAUUCACGCUCGAUGCUACCGACCCGAUUGAGCAGGUUGCAGACCAAGGCUUGUCGUUGACCAGUGAAGCGGAUGGCGCUACUGCGGGCUUCAAUCUGGACGCGUCUACGGCGUGGUUGACCAAUCUGUCAGAUGGCGGCUCGAUGUCGGAUCUGCUGUGCGACACGAACUCGCCAGUCUUUGAGCCCAGCGUAGACAGUGAAUCCGCAGGGGCGGCCUGGCCCAGCCCGCCUUCGGCCGUCGACCCUGCGUCGCUGAUGGACUGUUCAUCUCUGUCACCGCCAGACUUCCCCGACACCUACCUCCUCCCCAUGAGCGACCUCAAAGUCCUAAAAGCACUCCUCCGGGUAGCCACCCGACUAGGAUCCUGCUCCAUCAUGUGGGACCCUGCAGCGACCUCGCCGUUCAACGUGGGCGCGGGGACGCCGCCGGAGCUGCUGCCCGAGACGUGGAGGCCAACAGCGUCGCAGGUCCUCGUGCCACACCAUCCGAUCAUGGACUUCCUGCCAUGGCCAGAUGUGCGCGACCGGAUCAUCAACCUCUUCAAUCUCCCCGAUGAGGCGAGACCGCCCGCGGCGCGGGGCCAGCUUGGACUCGUCAACUUUGCGUACGAUUUGGAGGACUCUGGCGAAGGGGCGCGUAUCUGGGGCGCCGACCCGUACGAUGCGUCGAGUUGGGAAGUCGGUCAGGUUCUUUUCGAGAGGUGGUGGUUUGUGUUCGACAGGAAGGUCAUUGAGCAGAGCAACAAGUGGCGGCGGUUAAGAGGUGCUGCGGCACUGCAGAUGCGGCCGGGCAGUGUGGUUGAUCUGUCCGACUAG